UACAUCACUUCCAUCAAUGUCAUUAUUAUUCAUUUUUCUUUAUAUUCAAACAAAAUCUAAAAUUCUACAAACUGUUUUGACCUAAACAUUCUGAUUUGCCUCUCUUCAGUUUUUCGCCGCGAAAUCGUAAUGUAUCUAGUGGUGAUUUGACUAGGGUAGUAGCUCCCAACAAUGCUGAGUAGAAGGGAUCGCGAUUGAAUAUUAGAAUAUUGUCUUUCGUGAGGUGUUUAGUUAGUGAUGGAGCAAGAGUUUUUAGGUUCGGACGAUAUUGCUCUACAGGCAUUUGGCUCAGUUUUGGAGACAGAAACGCCUAUAAAAAGAGAAGAAAUGAAGGACGAAGAUGACAUUCUUCUAUUUGCCCAGUUAGAUAAUAUAACUAACAAUCUUGCCGCGCACAGUAACGAUUUUCACUUAGGACAAAAUAUGGACAGGAUGGAGGAAGCUGCCAACUUGAUGCAAAGUUCUUUCAAUAAUAAUAUCAACGAAAAACCACCUACAGAUCUGAAUAACAGCUCAGAGACGAAACUUAACGAGGGUCAUGGGACGUCUCAUUACGUAAAAUACAAAUUACAAGAUGGAAAGCACGUGAAGGUUUGGGAGUGUGGCGUAUGUUCGAAGGAGUUCACACAUCAGUACACCCUGAUGAGACAUCUUCCAACUCAUACAGAUGAGAGAAAGUUCCAGUGCAAUACGUGCGGAAAAGCUUUCCGCCAGAUGUCGACCUUAUCCCAACACCGUGCUAUUCACUCCACUGAAAGACCCUAUGUGUGUGAAAUUUGUCACAAAACCUUCAACAGAGUCUCCACCCUCAUUUCCCAUAGAAAAACCCACACCGGCCUCAAACCUCACAGGUGUCAUUUGUGCUCUAAAGCUUUCCAUCAGAAAGGCUUUCUAGAUAAAAACAGUUACUCAAAUGCAAUAGUGGUCGAUACCAUCAAGACUGAAGCGAUGAGAUUAGCCAUCGAGUCCAACCAGACACCGUUCGCUUUAUUACGUCCUUUGGCCGGAAUUCCUGUUCUCGUGAGAGUUUUGCCAGCUGGAGACAAGCAAAUGCUGGUCCCUGCUACUGCUGAGGAUCUGAAGAAACACAGCCAUAUAUCCAUCACGCCGAAAAGUGAGAACGACAAGGAAAACAUAGACAAAAUUGCAGGGAAACCUGUUGGCAGCACUGUCCAAAUCAAGAUACCUGUAGUGGCGACCGUGGUUCAGCAGAACGAUUUGGGGGGGCAUAUGUCAAUGUCCAUUGUUAGUCCUGGUCCCAGUGGGGAAAUCGAUUCUAAUAUGGGUAAUUUCGUUUAUAGUUCCAUGCCGACCAAUCACGAUUCUGUGACAAAUAAUGAGGUGCACUUGGAAGAUAUUUCUCUGUCAGGUGAAUUUGAAGCAGCGGGAAUCAUGGGAGAUGUCAAUAUCGAAUUUUUGGACGAGCAUGGUCGAAGGAUGGGGCAAAAAGAUUUAGCUGAAGCUCUGAAGGAAGCUGAUUCAAGCAACAUAAUUCUGGAAGAUAAUUCUGUCGAUACUAUCCACCAUGAGGCUAUAGUCUGUGAAGACCAAUCUUUGGCCCAAAAUAAUGCUGAAUCGACCUUCCCCACACCGAAGGUUGUGAUAUGCGAAAACUAUUUCCAAUUUUAAACGUAAUUAUGAAACAAAAGAUUUUGUUGCUGUUUGUUGAACUUGUUACGGUUAUGUAUUACUUUGAAUUCGAUUAGGUGUAGAUUAUUUAUUAAAAAAAUGUGACUUGUAAUUUUAAUGUGAUUUUCCUAUUGUAUUUCAACAUUGUUUCAAAUUGUUCAAUAAUUGUUCCGAAGCUGAAUAAAAGUUUUGUAGUGC